CUACACUACCCCAAAUGCAUUGCGAGAGCACUUUACUACGGCAAGCAGGAGGAGGAAGUUGAAGCCUUCGCAUAUUGAUGUAACGUUAAAGCAAGUCGAAAAAGUUUGGUAAAAGCGUCAGUCUGUCAAAAGUAAAUACGGUAAGGGUUUUUUAACAUCGGUAACUUUCGGGAAAGCCAUUUAUUACUGUCUUCAGCGGCCACGCAGGCAGAACAAGUUGGUUAUAUCGUCAAUUCUACGUUAGCAGCAAAGCUAAAAACAACUGUAGCUAGCAGCAGCUCGUAAAGCUAGCUAGCUACCUCACUUCCGCCUUCUUCUUUAAGCGCAAAUAUUUAAAGUUUUCACGUGAACCAGCAGUUGAAAAAAUGCAACAACAUGGUCGUCUUAAGAGAAGGAAUGUGUCCUGGACUGGAUGAGGAUUUAGUCCGUGACCUGCGUGCUGCUGGUAUUACAACAGUGGAGGACGUGGUCUCAUCUGACAUUGAGGAACUUGCUCAGAGAUGCACUGUGUCAUAUAAGGCUCUGUUUGCCAUCCGCCGAGUGCUGCUGGCCCAACACACGGCGUUCCCCGUGUCAGGCGCUGAUCUAUAUGAAGAACUAUUGCGCUCGACAGCCAUCCUCUCCACUGGAAAUCCCAGCUUAGAUAAGCUGCUGGAUUCCGGCUUGUAUACUGGAGAGAUAACGGAGCUGUCUGGAGGCCCGGGAAGUGGCAAAUCUCAGGUGUGCUUCGGCGUGGCAGUGCACAUUUCCUACCAGCUCAAACAGAGCGUUAUAUUUAUCGAUACGACAGGAGGGCUGACUGCCAGCCGCUUGCUUCAGAUGCUGCAAGCUGAAACCAGUAACACAGAAGAGCAGAUGGCGGCUCUUCAGAGGAUCCACAUCUUCCGUUUGUUCAACGUCUUCUCUCUACUCGACUGUCUGUACGGUCUUCGUGGUGGCAGACUUCAGCAGGCGUGUGUUGGCGGCGGCUCUGUCAAGGCGGUGAUCGUGGACUCGGUGUCAGCUGUUAUCGCUCCUCUACUGGGAGGCAAACAAAAUGAAGGCAUGUCCUUGAUGAUACAAGUGGCAGGAGUUCUUAAGACAAUGGCAAAGGACUUCAAUGUGGCUGCUCUGGUUACAAACCACGUCACGAGAAGUGUCGGCGGGGAGGUGCAGCCGGGCCUCGGUGUGUCGUGGAGUGACAUCCCCAGAACCAGGAUCCUGCUGGAGCGAGAAGAGAGGGCCGCGGACAUCAGCCACUCAAGUGUUCGCUCUGCAACGCUGAUCAAGUCCUCGAGACGGCCUUGUCACAUCAGAGAGGAGUUUGACUUGCAGUGGUGGAGUCGCUCUAAAGAAGGCUCCUCAGGGAAGAGGAAACGGGAUGAGACUGAUUCCUGAUGAGAGCUGACUGUACGUCUCUACCCAAAGGGAGGUACAAUCCGCCUCUUGCGGAUACAUUCCCAGAUCCAUCCGGGUGACACUCUCUGGGCCUGGCUGUCUUCUGCAGGUCCAGCCAGCGUGUGUGUGGCGGAGGAAAUGUCAUAAUCCGGUACGACGUCGCCAUCAUACGCCACGAAGUACCGCUUGAGCUUGUGAAAGUCCUGCACUGAGACGGGCAGGAACAGCUUCACCCCACUGAAGAUGUCCAGCAGCGUCUGCAGGAAACACAGUCAGCAGUACACAUGUUCAACAUCUGCAUUUCAUUUAGAAUACUAUUCAACUGAAACUCAAGCAACGUGUAGUACAACUUUAUUUUUAUUAACCGAGUUUAGACAUGAGCCAUUAAACCCUACGAAGGCAAUGGAAGUGUGAAUAUGUUGGAACUCGAUGACCUGCGACCUGUUGGUGACGUACCUUGUCAUUACUUGGCUCCAGCAGUGUAGCGGUUGGCUUCAUUUUGCUUUGUCCAUUACUGUGGACACUUUCACUCUUCUUCACCUGACAGGAAACAGAACAAUGACAAUUCAGACCAUGCAGCUCUAGAUUGCUGUAAUGAUGCAUCCGUCGCGUGUGUGUGUGUGCAGUAAAUACCUUUUUCGCACUGGGUGCUUCUGACCCAGGAGUCCUCGGCUGGGAUUUUACCACCUUUGUUUUGGGUGUGCUGCUGUCUGUGAAUGUUGAUGAUUGACGAAAUAAAGAGGCAGUUGCAAAACUGAAAUCACACUCGGGUCAAUCAUUUUGGCUGUCCAAUGUCCAGUCCACCGACCAUCUCUAUCUGCGUGACUAUUUUCGACAGGCUUAUGGUAAAGUAUUUCGAAAAAAGUCAUCGUAUAGAAUGUCGAAAACAUUGUUUUUUCGACAUACUAUACUAUGACUUCUGCUGUACUGUAUAUACUAUUCUCUGACAUUGUACAGGUAAGAUGAAUAGCAAACAUCAUGCCUCAUGACAAUUGUGUUGAACCUUUAAAAGUAAACCUUUGCAUAAGCAUUACUUUGUACUGUAAAAAACAAUGAUGAAUAUUAAAACACAGAAACUGGUGCAGCACAGUUCACGGCCUCCCCAUGAUGCCGCUCGUUUGUGUACUUACUGGUCUUCUUGGGUGGAGGUCCACGGGACGAGGGUGACGGGGAGCUUCCUCCACUGUCCCCUCCUGAGGAGCCCUUGUCAUCGUUGGAUGUAGACGGUCCGGCUGUCACUUUAAAGUCACAGUUCUCCUUCGAUAUGCGGAAGAGGUCCUAAGCACAGUGACGGAAAGACCACGUGAGCUUCAGCCAAGAGACGUUGUAUUUUGUGUCACAACAGAUUGAAGUACUGUGUUGCAUUUAAAUACUUGUGUUUUACUGCCUCAGUUAAUUUGCCAAUGUUUGUUUAAAGUAACCAACAAGCAUUCCCAGAACAUAUACUUUAGGUAUUCAGUAACAUCUCAUUGAAACCUGUUGGUUAAUGGUUAACCAUCUCCCAUGGGGCCUUCAGUUAACUACGUUUAAAUCAUGUCCUUGAAUGAGCAGUAUCCCAUCAAAAUAAAGUGUCUAUGGUUUGAUUUUUCUCUGGAAUAACUCUACAUUAUUAAACCCCCAUGCAUCAGACCACGGCCUGUGUAUUUGAAUAGAAAGGGUGAUAUCCUACUUUAAGCUGGUCCAGGUUUGUGGCAGUCUUCCAGUCCUUGUCAUCACGGAUGCGCGUCAUUCGGGGAAAGCGGAUGGAGAUGCCGUCAGCGGUGUGCAUUUCUGAUUUGGAGAACUCUGCGCCUGUGAUCUCCCAGACAGGUGCUUGCUGCAGCAGAGGAAAAAUAAAGGACGAGUUCUAUGAACGCGUUUCCAUAGAAGUAAAAAGCAAUUCUAACUUCUGUUCAGA